AUGAAUGAGAACAUGAAGCAUUUUCAAAAGAAAUUGACAGAAUUGGAACUCGAAGCUGAACAUCUUCUUUUAGCCCGACAUCAGCUGGUUGAGAAUGAUAAGUUGAGGAAUGGGAACAUAGAAGCACUUACUGCAUUAAUGAAAAAGGCUCGGACAACAACGAGUAGUGUUCCAUCUCCUUUUGGAUCAAUAAUGAAGGGAGUUUCAAGACCUUUGGUGCAAGAGGUGUGUACCACCUGUGGUAACCAUGAUUCUUUUGAGCAGACGUGGACAAUAUUUCCAGGAACUGAUCUGUUUGUUGGAAUUCCAUUUCAUGCUGCUCAUACUAUAUUGGAAACAGAUCAAACUCAGCUUGACUUUGAGGCAAAGAAACUACAGAACCUAUGUCCUUUCCGCAAGCUGCACACCAUCCCCACCGUGGCCUUUCCAUCACACGCCUUCUUCAAUGCAGCGAGGCAUAAUCUCUCAGUGGCGGCUCUUCUUCUCGGCGCUGAUUCUAGCUAG